AAUGUACACGUACACUCACACUCACACACGUACACGUACACACAAUUUUGUCGUGAUUUCUUUUAUUUGUUUAAAAAUAAUAGUAAAAAUACUGUUAAAGUGUAUAGCUAAAAUGUACAGCAAUGUGUUGAGUGUUUUGCAUACGUUUGCGCACAAUUUGGCGCAAUAGGAAGAGCGAAUAUUCGCCAACCAAACGCAAAAGACAACAAAUUGUUCGCAAAGAGAGGGAGGAGAGAGAAUUUUAUGCAGCGAGCGAGAGUUAUUUAUUUCAUAAGAAAUUUGUUAAUAAAACUGCCAAAAUGGAGCGGCGCGUAAAGCUAAAGACUAUUAAUCCGCAUAUAACGUGUAAAAUAUGUGGUGGCUAUUUCAUAGAUGCUACCACAGUGACCGAGUGUCUGCACACAUUUUGCAAAAGCUGCCUGGUCAAACACUUGGAGGAGAAAAAGACAUGCCCCACCUGCGACAACAUUAUACAUCAAUCACAUCCGCUGCAGUACAUCAGCUUCGAUCGCACCAUGCAGGACAUUGUGUACAAAUUGGUGCCAAAACUUCAAGAAGAUGAAUCGCGGCGUGAACGAGAUUUCUACAAGAGCCGAAAUAUGCCAUGCCCCAAGGACAUAACGCAAAAUCACGACGAUGACAACGAGAAGGUGAUGGACGCGCAUGCCGAAUCCGAUUUCCAUCGUCUCGACGAACAGGUCAACGUGUGCCUCGAGUGUAUUAGCAAUAACUUUAAGAAUCUGCAAAGACGCUUCAUACGCUGCAGUUCGCAGGCGACGAUAACGCAUCUCAAAAAGCUCGUCGCUAAGAAGAUACUCAAUGGCAUCGAAAAGUAUCGGGAGAUCGAUAUACUGUGUAAUGAGGAACUGUUGGGCAAGGAUCACACGUUGAAAUUUGUCUAUGUGACACGUUGGCGCUUUCGAGAUCCACCGUUACGGCUGCAAUUUCGUCCGCGUGUCGAGCUUUAACACAAGCAAAUGCAAAAAUGAUCUAUAUAUAUAUU